AUGGGGAAUUGUCUGAAGCCAGUAAGGACAUGGGCAGAUGAUGAUGAAGACUGGGACUUUGUUGAUUCAGAGAACAUGGAACAAUGCAAAGAAAAAGCCGAAGAGAAGACAGUGAAAGCCGGUAGGAGGAUGUCGGCAAAUAUAGAAGUAUCUUCUCCGGCUAAAGUUAUCAAGAUGAAGCUAACAAAGAAACAAUUGAAUGAAUUACUACAAUCUGUUGAAAUGCAUGACUUGCUGCAGGAUAUGACUAGAAGAGAUAAUGAAUAUGGUAGCAGACUAGUACUAUGGAGACCAGUUCUUCAAUCUAUACCAGAGGCAGAGGAGUGCUAG